CUUUGCAAAGAAAGGUCGUGUGCAGCUGGAAGAUGCCUCGUUUUAAUCAGAAAUUUAUGGACUACAAUUACGCCUCAUUAAGAAAGCUUUUGGUUAUUGUUUAGAGUUUCUCGAAAACUGGUUUUCCAGAAGACCGGUCUUUGAAGGCCUAGCAGCAGCAUUCAUGGUGAUAUUCGGAAUCAGCAUCCACUCGGCUUCGUUGAAAAAGCGAUUUAUCAGUUGGGGUACUUCCCUUGUUAGUCGUACUAGCUAUCCGAAACACUUUUUAAAGUUUAAAACUUUUAGCUAUCAUAAUAGUUGAAAAAAUUAAACAUAAAUUAUUUGUAUAAUUCUGGCCAGUACACGAAUCGUAUUUUUAAAUUCUAAAUGAAAUGUUUAUAACUUUUGAGCGAAGUUCUUGUAGAAAAUAUUUUGUUCUAUUUGCCUAUGUAAUGUUCAUUUCAAAAUAUAAGAGACUUCAAUUCAAUUCAGAUAACUUGUGAUUGAAAAGAGCUAAAGACACACGGGUUUUUGUUCGAAUGUGAAAUGUUGGGCUAUUGAUUUAUAGAGUAGUAGUUUUGUUUUUAUUUCCCAUAAAGCGAUAGCCCCAACACUUCUCGUUCGAAUGAAAAAACACGCGUGUCUUAAGCUUUAUUCUAUCACAAAUUAUCUAAAAAGUUAUGAAUUCUCUUAUAUUAUGAAAUGGAUAGUAGAUGAAAAAAUUGACAAAAAUUUUAGAAAAUUCAUAAUUCUUUGACUGAAAUAUGUUUUAGAGUCGAGAUGACUCACGUGUAAUAGAGAAUAUUUGACAUGUUAAACUUAAAUUUCAAUUUCUUUAAUUGUGAAGUUCAGAAUGGUAAGGAAUGUUCUUGAUAUAUCUGUUACUCCCGAGAAUAGUUGAUCAAGCUAGGAUCGAUAAAUAAAAAUUGUCUACAAAGUAUCUCAAUAGAAUAAUUAAAUUUAUCUACUUAGUCAGGUGAUUUAUUCGUUUAUUUAGGGGUUGACGGUUUAAAACAGUUAACAUUCGACCAAGCUUUACCUGAACAUAUUCAAAAAUGGGUGAUAUCUACACCACUCAUACAAAAACCACCUGAUAUCGAACUCAAAGAAGUUAUUAUCGAAGAAGAAUCAGUGAAUGAGUCAGAAGUUAUUGAUCCAGAAUUAGUUCAAAAAUUAAUCAACGAACCAUUGAGAAAAGCGCCAAGAUCAAAGCCAAAAGAACCAAUGGAAAAUGAAAAGAAAAGUCAAUUGACAAGUUUUCCAUUAAGAAAAAAUCCAAGUAAUGAUGAUACUCAACAAAAAAAACAAAAAGCUAAAGAUGAAGAUGCUGGUACAAAUACACCUCACUGUUUUGAUAAAAUAUAUUUGGAGAAGAAUGUUGAACAGAGAUUUUCUCAUAUAAAUGAAAACAAUGAAAUAUCGUUGGAUAAUCAACCGAUACAACAGGUAGACAAUACUAAACCAUAUCCGACGAUAACAGAACAAAAUUACAGCGAAAAUAAAAUAAUAACCAUGGUCAACAGUGAACAUGACCAGACCUUCAAUAAGGAACAAUGUAAGUUAAGAUUUUUUUUUGAUUAUGCUACUGUGUUAAUAAGACGGAGAACAGUUUCUCAUGCAUCAGUGAAGGGUGAACGUUCGUCUCAUUUUAAUCUAACAGAUGACAUAGAAUAA